CUAAAUAUGGCUGGCCAGAACGAUUUGCAAUGGUCAACGUGUUGUGGUUGGUUCAGUAGCGAUGUACAGAGAGCCCGUGACUCGGAAUGCUGGCAAAUGUUGUCCACGAUGUUCUUGAUCGCGGGCUUGAGCAGAGUCGAUGUACCGGAGCUCUCGGAAAACAAGAUUGGCGGCACGUUUGAGGGCGCAGAUCAUACGCCCUUCCCCACCCCUACAUGAGCUGUGAAGCUCUCUAGUUGUAUCCGUACAUGACUCUAAAUAUGAUGGUUUGGGUAUCCCAUGGAGAGCCGGCCGCUCUCCUGCACCGACGUUCAC